AUGUUCAGCGACACCGCCUCAGCACUGGCGUCCAUUGCUGGUCAGACUGCAUACUUGCAGUCGGCCUUCGAUCCUUCCUAUGCUCCGCUCGACAGUUCUACGAUCUCGCCUGCUUCAUCAGGCGAUCCAGCGCUGAAUGGAGAGGUAUACUCGACGGCAAACACGACAAAGAGGAAGACACCGCCGCACGCCAACAGCACAAAGCCUCAGAAGAAGGUGAAGCGAGUGGGCCCUAGAUCGGAUAGUAAAGUUGAUGCAAUGAAAGACGAGGAUGGUGACAAAGAUGGGGAUGGCUCCAACGACAAGCCGAAGCGAGUCAGGACUGGGUGUUUGACUUGCAGGACCCGCCAUCUGAAAUGCGACGAGGGCAUGCCAGUAUGUCACAACUGCAAGAAGAGUAAUAGAGACUGCAAGCGAGGACUUCGACUGAACUUCAUCGACUUAUGGAAAGAGACCCCGCCGCAUCUGGUCAGCGCAUACGGCACCAAAGCCUGGAAAGUGGAAUUCUUGGAUGAGUCCCGUGAGAUCGCGAGCGAGUACAUGGGAGGGUUGCAGAAGUAUAGACCUCUUACCCGUAGUGCGCAACCCAAGAUUGAGGCAGAAGUGCCGGCGUUGACCUUCGACUAUGUAACAGCAGCGCCAGCAGUGCCAGUCCUCCUGCAACAACCUCUGCCUCCAGUACAAAGUGUACUCCUGGAGCCAUACAUGGAGAUGCAACAGCAAACGAACAUGAACAAUCUUUAUGAACCGGCAGUGCAAGCACAACAACCACAGAUACAACUACAGCAACAACCACAGACACAGUCGUACUCUCUCCCGCCACAGCCAGACUCUGGUUCGAUGAAUGGGACACAGUACAGCAACUCCGGGCCUUCGAGUGUGGCGGGACAUACUUCCGUCACAAGCUAUAACACUGCAACUCAGGACGUGCAAACCAACGAAAAGAAGGAGUAUCUCGACAGCCAGGAUGAGACGCUAUUCAUGCAAGUAUUCGUCGAAGAAGUGGGUUUGUGGAUGGACAGUAUGGACUCGCAGAAGCACUUCUCACGACUCCUACCAUUCCAUUCUCUGUCGGAGCCCAUGCUCGUAAACGCCUUCCUAGCAUGCGGAGCCAAGCAUUUGACAUUGGUCAACCCAGCAUACACCGAGGAAAAAGCACUUCAUUACUACGAUACGGCCACGACACACCUACUACAGAAUCUGCAGAACCCGAAUCGUGACACGGUCAUCUGCGCUACCACAGCUGUCAUUCUCAACGUCUACGAGAUCAUGUCUGAAAGAGCGCUCCAACGCAUGAAUCACAUUGCUGGUGCUCGCGCCCUGAUCAAAGAGUGCGGAUGGAACGCUCGUGCUCAAGGUAUAGGCAGCGCCUGCUUCUGGCUCAAUGUCGGCCUGGAGGUACUUAGCUGUCUACACUUCAACUGGCAGGUCGCCUGGGACCCAGACGACUGGCAAGUGGACAUGGACUUCACGCGAGAGAUCAUGAACGGGCGAGAAGAAGUCUGGACGCAUCGCAUGCUGUAUAUUCUAGCCAAAGUCUGCAACUUUCGCGCCACGAUCCCAAGGCAUGCGGAGCAGGACCUUCAGGACGAGCAGAUUCGGACUCAGCAGCGAUAUGAGGACUGGACGAGAGUCAAGGGUUGGGUUGACGCAUGGAACGAUGGGAUCCCGAGGACUAUGCAACCCAUGGCAUUCCUAUACUCGCAUCAGACGAGCUCUAAGUCGGCAUUUCCGGAGGUCUGGCUGGUAAAGAGAUCAGCGAUCGUGGGCAGAUUGUUCUUCCACACGGCGAAUCUGCUACUUGCACAGACGCACCCAUUUUAUAGUGCGGAUAGCGAGGAGAUGGGCGAGCUUGCGCGCAGGCACUCGAAUAUGAUCUGUGGUAUUGUUGCCCAUGUCAAAGAUCGUGGCGUCGCCUCAGUCGCUCUUCGCUCCCUCGCUCACGCAGCCGAGAUCUUGACAGAUCGACGAGAACAAGAAGAAGUCCUCCAAAUCUUCGACAAGAUCAACAAGGAGACCGGUUGGCGAAUUGGUUUCGUGUACGAAGAUCUGAAGAAGAAGUGGGGAUGGAACGAAGGACCUUCACCGCAGCAGUUUGCGCAAUCUCAUACUGGCGCCAAGGAGCAGAAGAAGGUACAGGAGGAGCAGCUUCAGCAGCAGCAACUGCAGCAGCGACAACUCCAGGAAGCACAUGCGCAGAAUUUGCAAUUACAGCAGACAUACUCCAACCAGAACAGCUACACACCACAGCCCCAACAACGACAACAACAGCAGCAGCAAGUAAUCCAACAGCAGCAGCUACCAACACCUCAACAGGCGCAACCACAGCAACCGACGACGCCAGCAAGCUCUAAAAGACCACCGCCUGGUAUACCAAACCCGCUUUACGCGAAAGCAGAUUUCAGUCUGCCACAGCAUCCUUAUAUGAAUCACUAUGUCGCGCCGAACAUGCCAUUUGGUAAUGGGCAGGCCCUGGGUCAGGGUCUGCAAGGAGGGUACUAUAGCUUCUGA